AGCCUCUGUAGCUAGCGUCGCUCCUGAGUAAAUACAUUUUGUUGUGACCACUGCUGGCUAACAGGCCAAAUGAGACAUAUGGCUGCUUAUGUCUUUUCUCUCAUCUUCACCACUGAAACAUUAUGUCCUCAUUUUAAUUCUGAUCGGGACAUCAAGGCAGUUCGGCUGCUUUCUGCGGCCGCUUCGGGGUCUGCUUCGUUCUGAUUUCAGCCACAUCAGCCAGCCGGUGUAGUUAGUCCAGCUGCACUUGGACCACCACUGACGUGCGUCCACUCUGUAAUACUUUUAUUUAUUUUUUAAGUAGGCAUCAAUUAGAUAUCCCGUUCAAUAAAUGUGAGUUUAAACCACCAAAGGUUCAUAAGCGCCAGUUUGUCUGCUAUUUUCUAUGGAGUUACUGUUGCUGCAAAUAAUAAAAUACAAGUUUAAUUCAUGCAAAUUACGUUUUUCAGUCACAUCAGGGACUUUUUGCCCAAACAUGGACUUUUGCACUAAAUUAUUCAAUAUUUAAAGUUGCAGCUACAAACAAAAUAUUGGAACGAAUUCUAAGUAAAUACAUUUUAUUUGAUUUGAUUUACAGACACCACGUGUUCAUAUACUACAUGCAAACAUUUGACUUGUUGAGCCACUUUUUACCUCUCUACCUCUCAAAGUAUUAGAUGGGAAUCCCAAGUUACAGAGCACAGACAGAAUCACCAAAAUUCAGACAAACAUCAAAAAUUGAGUCAAAUAUAUUUAAUACUAAUCAGAAAACACCAGAUUGUUCGUGGCGUUCUGCUUAAACAUCAGUUUCUGCUGCAGCAAACACACACUAGUGAUUCUCAGAUGUUUUUGUUCCUUGUUCCUCGGCUGAACGCUUGUGAUUAUGUUGUGCACCCUUAUGCCAAACAAGAGAGGUAAUGUUUACUAUCAGCUGUUAUCGUUUGUUAUUGGGUUCGGUGCAUGUGUGAGACUUGGCAGCAGUUUCCUCACAUCAGAUUUAGAUAGUUUUGUAAAGUGGCUGCAGACUCAGAGACUCAGUGAAAGCAUAUCUGCAAGAAGCUGCAGCUGGAUUAAGUUCUUAUUGGUGUUCUCACAUCAGCGUGGGAUUAGAACAAAGUAAGACUUUUGUGCUUUUACACAUAAAAAAUCUUUGCAUCAUAAAGCUUUUUGAACUUUCACUCCAAAUGGACCAUAAUGUGAAUUAAUAUGCGCCACGCAUGGCAGGAUUGCUACAUUGUCGACAGGAGUAUUGAUCCUUUUCUCAGGAGAGUCGCUGUCACACGUUCUCUGAAAGAUUUCUUGUCCUUGUGGUCGCAUUUAGCAGCAAUCACCCGCCACAGCGGUGUAAAGUAAAUGUAAAAUCAACAGUUACAGGGAUAAAGACCAUAAAGUUCAGAAAAACAAUAGCACCAUUAAGAAUCAUAUUUUAUAUUUCCUUUCAGCUCCAGCUAAUCAAACUGUUUGUAAAGAGCGUAAGAAAAGGUGCUGCUGUGGGAGAUCCUGUGAGACCAGAUGUUGUUGUGAGGUUAUUUUCUGCUUUACGACCUGAUUUCAUCUACCUGGUGUUACGCCACGCAGCUUUGUGAACGUAGUCACAGAUUCAGGCGCUGCCUCCAAACAAAGAUUUUUUUAUUUAUGUAUUUUUAAAAAAAGUUGGAACAUCUUGUGCUUGAUGUUUAAUGGAUAACAGGAUUCUGUUUUCUUCUGCUUUGCAUCAAACCAGAAAUGAAUCAAUAAUGGGACUGACAUUUCUGUCUAGCACAGAUUAAUACGUUAGUAGCUGUGAGAGGAGAAAACUGUUGGUAAAAGACACAGAUGUGAGUUCUAGUCUGACUUCAAUAGUAAACAAUGUUUGCACAGCCGCUGUCGGAUGCAAACGUGACUUCAUUUGUUGCAAAAAUCUUCUAGUGAAGCAAAGGUUGCAGUAUAGACUGUGCAUAUUUUUGAAUUUAAGUUCUCUGAUGCAUCGUUUCCUUCUGCACACGUGCAGAGUUUGAAUCUGAUGCACGUGGAAGUCUAAAAGAGCUCCACUUAAAGGAGCGCGUGUGCCAGGUGCUGACACUCAGGUGCAAUCGCUUUUAUGGUGGUAUGCUGCAAUCAUUUUCCCACGUCAGGGGCUAAUCACCCCGACUCCCCUCCCACAAUCCAUCAGAGUCUGGAGGAUGAGGCUGGCGGGGUUUUGGCAGCUGUCGUCAGGCUGACUCAGUCUGCUGUGGACCCUGCCAGCCGACGCAGGAGGAGAAGAAGAGCUCUCGGAGGACAGGGCGAGCAUGGCUGCUACGGUGAGAUAACAAGAGGAUUUGUUUGAAUGUUUGGAAGAGCAAAGAGGGAAUUUGGGUUGUUCAGUAUCGUGAGGAAUUCCUGAUGAAGAAUCAGAAAAUGUGCACAUGUGAGAUUUCCACCGUUCUCCAGAGACUUGCUGACCUGUGAUCAGCCAUGUCAUGCCAGCGUCGCUCAUCGAGGGACCGGCCCUCUUCGCAUGCCGGACAGUUUUCUUACCCUGAUGUAGAAGACCCUAACCCGAACUAAACCUCUCAAUAGAAAUGGCAUUAGCUUGUGUGAGCUACGCCACAGAUGAUGUAUUAGAGUACAGGUGAGGCUCGGCCUCUACCCACAACACCCGCAGGACCCUCAGUGGAGAUACAGCUGCAGGUGACUUUUACGGAAGGACGAGUGACAAUCCAGCUUUGAUGAUUUAGUAUCCAACCCAAGCCUCGUUGACAAGGUCGACCAUGGCUGCUGCUGCUCCCCCAAGAAACUGUUUCUUGAUGGGGCGAAGAACGGUCUGAAAAGAUCAACGAUGCAGCGUAACGGUGGGGGGGUGGGUGUCGGAGGCCAGCCAUGGGUGUUUCGCCGGGUGCGUCUCACUUGGCUGAGUUUCAUGCUCUUCUUCAUCCUGGUUUUUUUCCCGCUCAUUGCUCACUACUACCUCACCACCAUCGAUGAAGCUGGGGGUCCAGACAAUCGCAUAUUUGGGCCCCGGCCCGGAGGGGAACUGUGCGAGGCCAAACACGUGCAGGACUUGUGCCGCAUUCGUGAGUCUGUCAGCGAGGAGCUGCUGCAGCUCGAGGCCAAGAGGCAGGAACUCAACGGGGAGAUCGCCAGACUCAACCUCCGGAUCGAGGCUUGCAAGCGCAGCAUUGACAGCGCCAAGCAGGACCUGCUGCAGUUGAAGAAUGUCAUCAGUCAGACUGAGCAUUCCUAUAAAGAGCUAAUGGCCCAGAACCAGCCCAAGCUGUCAUUGCCUGUUAGGCUGCUACCAGACAAGGAGGACCCAGGACUGCCGCCGCCUAAGUCUGUGCGGGCCUGCCGCCUGCGCUCUUGCUUCGACUAUGCACGCUGUCCUCUAACAUCUGGAUUUCCUGUGUACGUUUACGGCGCAGGCACUUAUUCGUGGGGAGACUAUCUCGACCCACUUGUCAAGCAGGCUUUUGCAGCAUCUGUCAAGAGCAACAUUUAUGUAACUGAUAACCCCAGCAUUGCCUGUUUAUAUUUGGUACUGGUGGGAGAGGUACUGGAGACCCUGCCUCUACCUUCUCCCUUGGAGCUGGAGAAGCAACUGAAAGCUCUUCCUUACUGGAGAUCAGAUGGACACAACCAUGUACUGGUGCAUCUCUCUAGAAAGUCUAUGACGCAGAAUUUUCUUUAUAAUGUAAGCACAGGACGAGCAGCAGUCGCUCAGUCUACCUACCUGGAGCAGCAGUACCGCGAGGGCUUCGACUUGGUUGUGUCUCCGCUGGUUCAUGCUCUUUCAGAACCCAACUUUUUGGAAGCGCCGCCUCAGGUUCCUGUUAAAAGGAAGUACUUGUUCACCUUCCAGGGUGAGAGGGUGGAGUCACUGAGGAGUAGCUUACAGGAGGCACCCCCACAGUCUUUUGAGGAGGAACUUGAGGGUGAUCCACCAGCUGACUACGACGAUCGGAUAAUUGGCACUUUAAAGGCGGUCCAGGACAGCCAUCUGGAUCAGGUGCUGGUAGAGUUUACCUGCAAGAACCCAAAGCCAAGUUUGCCAACAGAAUGGGCACUUUGUGGGGAAAGGGAGGAGAGGCUGGAGGUGCUGAAGGCUUCUACGUUUGCUCUGGUGAUCGCUCCGGGGGACGGACAGCUGGUAGCCUCAGCAGGCUGUGGCGUGAGACUGUUUGAAGCCUUAGAAGUAGGAGCCAUCCCUGUGGUAUUAGGAGACCACUGUAAACUACCGUACCACCAGUUAAUCCGCUGGAGUGAAGCUGCCAUUCUCGUCCCCAAGCCCCGUGUCACAGAGCUCCACUUUCUGUUGCGCAGCCUAUCAGACAAUGACAUGCUAGCUAUGAGGCGGCAGGGUCGCUUUUUGUGGGAGACGUACUUCUCAACCUCAGAGAAUGUUCUUAACACCAUCCUAGCGAGUAUUAGAACCAGCAUCCAGGUGCCUGCCGCACCGAUGAAAGACGAGCCGGCUAACGAGAUUGCUCACAAAGCUGGGAAGCUAGCAGGAACUGACGCCAACUUGGCCGACAAUGGAGAUCUGGAUCUGGGUCCUGUUGAAACGGAGCCUCCCUACGCCUCUCCUCGCUUUCUCCGCAACUUCACAUACACAGCAGCAGACACCUACAGAACAUGGAACCGGGCCCCGGGGCCAUUCCAUCUGUUUCCUCACACUCCGCUGGACCCUGUGCUGCCCUCUGAAGCCAAAUUCCUUGGCUCCGGCACUGGUUUCAGGCCUAUUGGUGGGGGCUCGGGAGGCUCUGGGAAGGAAUUUCAGGGCGCUCUGGGUGGGAAUGUACCCCGUGAGCAGUUCACGGUGGUCAUGCUGACAUAUGAGAGGGAGGAGGUGCUGAUGAACUCUCUAGAGAGGCUAAAUGGGCUACCCUACCUUAACAAGGUGGUGGUGGUUUGGAAUUCACCAAAACCUCCUUCAGAAGACCUGCUGUGGCCAGACAUCGGCCUGCCUAUCGUGGUGGUUCGGACUGAAAAGAACAGCCUCAAUAACCGUUUCCUUCCCUGGGACGUUGUGGAAACCGAGGCCAUCCUCUCCAUCGACGACGACGCUCACCUCCGCCACGAUGAAAUCAUGUUUGGGUUCAGAGUGUGGCGUGAGGCCAGGGAUCGCAUUGUGGGCUUUCCUGGAAGGUAUCACGCUUGGGACAUCAACCAUCAGUCCUGGCUCUACAACUCCAACUACUCCUGUGAGCUCUCCAUGGUCCUGACAGGAGCUGCUUUCUUCCACAAGUACUACGCGUACCUCUACUCCUACGUGAUGCCCCAGGCCAUCAGAGACAUGGUGGAUGAGUACAUAAACUGCGAGGACAUCGCCAUGAACUUCCUGGUCUCUCACAUCACCCGAAAACCACCCAUAAAGGUGACAUCCCGUUGGACUUUCCGCUGCCCCGGCUGCCCUCAGGCCCUUUCACACGACGACUCGCAUUUCCACGAACGCCACAAAUGCAUCAACUUCUUUGUCAAGGUCUAUGGCUACAUGCCGCUGUUGUACACACAGUUUCGUGUGGACUCUGUGCUGUUUAAGACUCGUUUGCCCCACGAUAAGACUAAGUGCUUCAAAUUCAUCUAGGCCUGGGGUUGAGCGUUUCAGCACAGAGCCAAAAUCUCUGAUUGAAGGACCCGCAACUCCCACUACAAGAAGCGAUGAAGACAGAUGGGUGACCUGCAGGAUAAAUGCACAGGACGACACUUUCUGGGUAUUUUGCCGAGGCGGACGGAGCUGCUAACUUGAACGGUUGUAGGUUGAUUGGACAAAUGUGCUGAAAAUUUCAAGAGCGGAAGCUGAAAGGGACCACUGCCAAGAAACAAAUCCUUUUCAGUGGGUGUCACUCCUCGUUUCACAUGCCUUUCAAUCAUGUCCAACCAUCAACCACUAGCUUCAGACCAGAUUUGCACCUCUUACCUGCCUGCUGAGAAAGGGAGGUGGUUGUACAGUGUACAGGAACUCAGAGCUAACGGAUGUUGACGGAUGCAGCUUAGACCAGUUUCAAACUGAACUUCCAAAUUUGAGAGAAGCACUGAGACAUAUUUUAUUGAACUUUUUUUAAAAGAAAUAAUGUUGUUUAAAUGUGUAAAUUUAUGUGGAGUGAAACCUUUUUAAACCCCCCUGCCUGAGGGAAAUCAGAGUGAAAGUGCUCUGCCCAAUCAUGUCUCAGCAGCAUGAAGUGCUCAAGAGGGAAUUCACUUCAGCAGUCAGUCACCAUAAUGCCUCAAAUCUGUCAAUAAAACCAGCCAUCAUGUUGUCAUUGCGUUAGCAUAAAUGGCUACUGCACUUGUGUCUUCUUGCUGUUUGUGAAAUCGUUCCGAGGCGAAAAAUGUCAUGUUUAAAUGUAAUCUUGAUCGCACAAAUGCCAAAAUCAACAGAAGAUGGGUUUGAUGUUGGGAUUAUUUGCAGAAAAUGGCUGAAAGCACAAGUCUAAUAUGGACUAGUGUUCUGAUGGAGAUCCAUACUUCUUCAAAUCCACAUCGAACACUUGGAAGAAGAAUUUUGGCUCUGCCAAAAAAAAACCCUUGUGGCAAAUUUAGAUCUCACUAAUUAGAGCGUUUUACUUUGAUUUAUGGGGAGGGUAAUGCAAUGGGUCAGAACAUUUCGAGGCUCUGAAGCAGUUGCCAGGCAACCUGCCAGCACUCCUGUUGGCCUUUAUUCUGUUUUUUUAGAACAUUUUAUUUCUGCUUUUUUUUUCUGAUUUAAACUUUCCCGUCUAUUAUUCUAUCAGGCAUCAAUUAUUGUCCCAAACAUCUUUUAGACACACUUUAGCAGCCCAGGUGUUUGACGUGUCCAAUCAUGUCCUCCCUCUGUACAGAAACGUCGCUUCACAGUGUCGACAUAUUUGUUCUAUUUCUAAUUUCCUGCUUGAAGAAUGUUUUCUUUGCUGAACUGGUACGAUAUCUGCAGCUUUACAGCUUCAUGCAGUCUGGUACGCCCAAAGCUAGCCCGCAUGGUACCCACCCAGCCAGUUCUGUAUUAUAAACCCAAAGUCCAUCGCUUGGUUGUGUUGUUCCCAACUUCCUGUAAUCUCAAAAUUCAACUUGAAACAUACUCAAACUGGUGUUUGACGAUUUUAUGAAACACUAACUCUGACACGGUUUCUGUAUAUUUAUUGAAAUUAAUAAAAAGAAAUGUUUUAGAACUGAAGAGACAUGCAAUGAAAUGACGAGACAUUGUACUGCUUUUUUCCUGAUCACACAAUCCCGAUUGAGCAAUCGGCUUAAAUAAGUAAAAUAAAGAUUCCUCUGAUUUGAGAGGAGACCAACUAGAGUGUUUGAAGCCAAGCCUCUACCUUCUCCAGAUGGCUAGGACCCCUCUAGUGGAACAUACAAAUGUUGAAUUAGCAACUGUUAACCUCAAAGUAACACUUAGUGCUGUAAAAAUGAACAAAACAAACAUGAACACGUAUGGAAGCAUAUGUGACUGCACGGCUACCUGUCAUCUUUAAACAAGCCCUCAAGGCUUAGUCGGGAGCCUGCUUUGGUUCCUCCCCACCUUUCAGGGAUCAGUGGCCCAACUGGUUUUCUGUUGCUCGGAGCAAGAUGAAUCUGGAAGUCCGCCUGUAAGGUGUAUAUAUCCACUGAUCUGAUCCACAUCUGUGGGCCAGGUUUUCCUCAACUUGCAGCGCUAUUUGUGAUUUCUAUGACUGAUGAUGGUGUCAAACAUACAUCAGAAGGCUAAAUGAUUAGAAAUAAAAGUUUUACAUGGUUU